AUGGAUGAAAUAUUAUCAUAGAUAUCAAAUUAAGUUUAUGAAUUUGAUACAUUGGGAUUAGUCUAAUAAUAUAUAUUUGAAUUGGCAGAGCAUUUUAAAGAGAAUCAUAAUGCUUAAGUAGACAUUUAGCAAUUUGUUGUGUUUUUCAUUAAUAAAACUGAUGAAUAAGGAAUUGAAGGAUUAAUAUUGAUAUCCAAACUGAUUGAAUUAUAUCAAGAGAUAUUGUCUUAAUAAAAUGAAAAAAUACUUAAAUUAAAACAUAUAACUGAUUAUUUGAUAAGUAGUCAAGAAAUAUGUAGUGAAUAUUUUAAUGCUAAAUUCUUACCUUCAUAAAAUAAUAAAAUUUAACUAACUCGACGUAAUUUAACUGAUAUAGAAAUUUCACCUCCUGAAAUCUUGGGAUUGAAUCCUAGUAUGUUAAGAAGAUUGUAAACACAACUCAAAAUUGAAAAUAUUCAUAUGAAUAAUUAAAUCAUAUAUGGAAUCUAAGGAGAAAAUGAUUUAUUCUUGAUUCUUUAAUUUUGUGAAAGUGUUUGUAUGUUACAUGAAUUUUAAUUUAAAAAGAUGUUAUAACCAAGAAAUAUGAUAGAUGGAAAUUUUGUAGUUUAUGGAUAUUAUUCAAUUAGAUAAUAAAGAUUAGGUGUAGUAUUACGUAAUAACACUUUAAUUUUUUGGGAUAAAAGAGAUAAUUAUACAUAUGAUUAUUAAAUAGAAACUUAAUUAGAAUUAUAACAUAUUGCUUAUAUAGAAAUGUAAGAUUUAUGGAUAACAUCAGCUAAUAAAAGUUUAUAAAUUUGGAAUUUGGAAUAAGGAUAAUAUUAAAAUUUAUAAAAUUAAGUAUUUUCUGGAGGUAUCAUAUAAUUAUUAGAAGUUAUACAUUUAUAAAUGUUAUUAGUAGCAUCAAAUCCUAAUAUAAUUAGUUGUUGGGAUAUGUUUGAAUAGAAAUUUUUAUUUAAAUUUUAAGUAUCACAUUAAAUACUCUAUUAAGUUGUAUGUAGUAGACAAUUUUAAUUGAUUUUUACUAUUGGAUUUAAUAAUUAUAUAUCUUGUUAUGAAUUACAUGCUUAAUAUAAUGAUUAUAAUCUAAAAUGUUAAUUAGUAGGUCAUUCUUCAACUGUUUAAUGUAUUGAACAUAUUGAAUAGACUGCUUUAUUAAUUUCUAUAGAUACUAAAAAUGUGAUUAUAUUAUGGGACAUUAGAUCAUAAUAAUAGACUUAAACAAUAAAUCUAUAAACAAGAAUUCUAACUAAAUAAUUAAUGUUUUAUUGUAAUAAAUUAUGUUUAGUAGCAAAUAUGUUAUAAACUUUGAGUUUUGAAAAAUAAUUACAUCUUAAUAAAUAAAUAAAAUUAUUAUAAGUAAUCUAUGAUCAAUGGAAUAAAAGAAAUAUUAUAAUAACUAAGGCAGAUAUACGUAUAUAGGAUAUAAUAACUGGUAAGAUUUAAUACAUUUUGAGUGAUUUUUAAAAUGAGAUAUCUGCAUCAUGUUUAAUUGAACAUGGAUAUUCAAUUAUAAUUGGUACAGUUGAAGGUGAUUUAUAUAAGGUUUCAUUAAAACAUGGUUAAAUUCUAUAAUAAUGGGAAUCAUUUUAUUAAGAAGAAAUCAUAUAGAUUUAAUAUGAUGAAGCUUAUAAAAUUUUACAUAUUGUUUCUAUUUAAGGAAUUUUAAAAUGUUUACCUUUAACUCAAUUAAAUGUUUGUAAAGAUAAUAUCUAUAAGGAUAAAUGGGCAAUACGUUAACUUUCAGUUAAUAUAUGUAUUAAUAUUUGUUAACUUUCAAUUGCACAAGGUUUAUUAGCUAUAAGUUAUGAAGAUUUCAUUUAAAUUUGGAAUUUGGAAUACUAUUGUGUAUCAAUAUAAAUAUAAUUAGAAGAUAAUGCUAUUGUUACAUCAAUGAUAUUUUGUGAUUCUCUUCCACUCUUAAUUAUAGGUACUAAUUAAGCUGAUAUCUUUAUAUUUUAAUUAGUUUAGAAGAAUGAUAAAUUGUAAUGCACUUUAGAAGGUCAUUUAAAUAUUGUGAAAGCUGUUUUGAUAUAAAAAUUAAAGAGUGUUUAUCCAGAUCGUAUAAGUAUAAUGAGUAAUUUGUUUUCAAAAACUUCAAUGGAAUUAAUAGAAUUAUAUGAUGAAGGGGAUGAAUAAAUUGAAGUUAAACGUCUUUUUAAUAAUAAAUAUAAAUUAAUGACUCAUGGAUCUUUUGCAUCUCGCUUAUUAGUACAAUUUCAUAAAGAAGAACUUAAAUUGUAUAUUGCAACAAAUAGAGGUUCAGCUUUAGUAUUUAAUAUUACUUAAUUACUUGAGAAGAAAGUAAUAUAUUAUUUAUAAUAAUUUAUAGAAUGUAUCCAAGAAACUUGAAUAGAUUAGUCAAAGACCUAAUUAUAAUCCAUAUAGAGUUGUUUAUAAUAAGUUAUAAGGGAAUUUCAUUGAUAAUUAUUAAAUAGUUCAAAAUCGUUUGAUUAAAGAUUAAGUUAAAAAGAGAGAAUCUAAAUUUGAGUAGAGUAGUAAAAUUAAAUAAAAAUUCAGGAAUUCAUUAAUUAGAUUUAGUAUAUUAAAAGGAUUAAAAGAUAAUCCAGAAUUAGAUAUUACUCAUACUUUAAAGGAUUCAAUUUUUUCAUUUGAUGAAUAACUUGAAACUGUAGAUUAAAUUCAUAAUGAUAUGAUCAUAUAAUUAAAUUUCCUUUAUGUUGAUCCAUAUGAAAUAUUAUUUCAUAAAAAAACCUAACUAUUAAUAUCAGCAUGCAUAGAUGAUACAAUAAAAGUAUUUUCAACAGAUUUUAUUUAAAUUUGUUAAUUUUCAAUUCAUAAUCCAACUCCUUAUUAAUGGUAAUCAUUAUUAAAUGAGAAAAAUUAAUUAAAAGCAACAAUAUUAUUUUCUUUAGAAUUACUUUAAUAGAUAUUACCUUAAUUAAAUUCUGAAAAAAGAAAGGCUUAUGAUAUAGAAAAUAUGUUAAGAUAAAAUUCAAUAAAACAUUUAAAUAAGAAUUAUAAAUUAACUAAUAUUCUAACAAAGAAAGAACCUAUAGGAAAUCAAUAGAAAUUAAAAGAUUCUUUUUUAAAUAAACGAAAAAUUAGUUUAUGUAAUAAUGUAAAGAUGCCUUAAUUAUCACCUAAAUUACCACCUUCACUACGUUAUUAUGAUGAAAAAAUCAAAUAGAGUAAAUAUUAAUAAGAGAUUCAUGAAUAAGAAUUAAUAAAUUAACAAAAUUAAUAAAAAAGAUAAUAAGGAAUUUAAAUUGAAUUUUCAAGAUAAUAAAAAAAAGAGAUUAUAGAUUAUUUAACUCCUGAAUCUAAUAAUAAUCAAAAAUUCUUUGAAGAUCUUUCUAUUUAAGCAUUAAGUUCAAGAUUAAAAACAGAUACAAGAACACAUUAAAGUAAAAUAACUAAAACAACAAAUGAUACAAAAAGGACUUUUACAAGAUAAAGUUUAGAUUUUUUUGAUUAUGCUGAAAAGAAAGAGAUGUUAGUAACAAGAAGUAAGAUAUCUUAAUCUCGAUUUUAAACAAGAAGAUAACAUCAUGAUUUUCACAAGAUUUUGA